AUGUCUUCUCCAUCAACACAACUCGAGACGGAAUUCAAACAAGCACAACAAUUUGUUCAAAGUGGACCUGCUGAAUCCGAGCCUUCUAACGAACAAAAACUCUUGUUCUAUGCCUACUUUAAGCAAGCGACUGAAGGACCAAACACUGGAAAGAGACCUGGAGCCUUUGAUCUCAUCAAGAGAGCCAAAUACGAUGCAUGGAAAAAGCUCGGAGAAAUGACAAAGGACGAAGCAAUGAAAGGAUACAUUGCAAACCUUGAAAAAUCAUCUCCAAAUGGAAGGAAUUCUUUGCAAACAAAAGUAGUACAACCUGAUCUUCUUCGUGGAAAGGUGGCUGUCGUCACUGGAGGAGGUUCUGGAAUUUGUAAAGUCAUUACCGAAUAUUUGGCAUAUCAUGGAGCCAAUACUGUCAUUAUUUCUCGAACACUUUCCAAGCUCGAACAAGCAGCUAAAGAAAUUAAUCAACUUGCAAACAAUGGUACUGAGUGUUUUCCUGUGAAUGCAGAUGUGAGAGAUUAUAAGGCAUUGUCAGAAGCUUUUGAUAAAGCAUUGAAAAAGUUUGGAAGAAUUGAUAUUUUGAUUAAUGGAAGUGCUGGUAACUUUUUGUGUCCUGCUUCUCAAUUAAGCAGUGGUGGAUUUAAGACUGUGUUGGAAAUUGAUACUGUUGGUACUUUCCAUUCAAGCAAACUUGCCUAUGAUAAAUACAUGAAAAAGCACGGAGGAAACAUUGUGAAUUUGUCCAUGACAUUGCACAAUACUGCCAGUAUCAUGCAAGUGCAUGCUGGUUGUGCAAAAUCUGCUAUUGACACAAUGACCAAGCAUUUGGCUGUAGAAUGGGGAUUGGAUGGUGUUCGUGUUAACAGUAUUCAAAUUGGACCUAUUGAAGGAACUGAAGGUUUCAGCAGACUUCUUCCAAAAGAAGAAUUAGACAAGUACAAGAAAACAAUUCCAUUGCAAAGAUUUGGACAACCUAUUGACAUUGCCCGAAUGGUGUUGUUCCUUGUCAGUGAUGCUGCUAGCUACAUUACUGCUGCAAUUAUUCCUGUGGAAGGAGCUUCUCAAUACACCACCAAUAAUAUUUAUGGAUAUCCAGAAGUGUUGCAAAUGAGCAAGAUGUAA